AGCGGGCAGCAGGAGGACUAUGUCUGGUAGAGGCAAAGGCGGGAAAGGGCUCGGGAAGGGAGGCGCUAAGCGCCACCGCAAGGUGCUGCGCGACAACAUCCAGGGCAUCACCAAGCCGGCCAUCCGCCGCCUGGCUCGCCGCGGCGGUGUCAAGCGCAUCUCGGGGCUCAUCUACGAGGAGACGCGCGGCGUACUCAAGGUCUUCCUGGAGAACGUCAUUCGCGACGCCGUCACCUACACCGAGCACGCCAAGAGGAAGACUGUCACUGCCAUGGACGUGGUGUACGCCCUCAAGCGCCAAGGUCGCACCCUCUACGGCUUCGGCGGUUAAAGCGUUUUGCUCCUAGACUUAUCUCGACAACCUAAAGGCUCUUUUAAGAGCCACCCACUUUCUCUUUAGAAGAGCUGUAACGUACUUGACUAAGCAUCUAAAACAGCUAUCGAAUUUCUAGCGCUUCUCAGAACUGGUUGUUGCGAAGUACUGCUAAAAGAGGCUUUAUGAUUGGAUAAGUGUAACCUAAUGUUCAAAUUUUCUUUUUGCAAGUGAAAUUGUCAUUGUACAAAAGACUUUUCCUUUGGGUACUCACUGAAAUUCCUCUGCAAGUCUUGUAUCCUACUGGAAAUUAUAUUUCAGUUUUAAUCAAAUCUGAAUGUUUUCUCUGUCCUUUUUUUUAAUCUUUGUGGCUUUAGCAACAUUGCCUGGAAAAUUUCCAAUGUCUUGUGCUUUAAAAUUUUAAUUGAGGGAUAAUUCAUUACAAGGAAGAAAGGGACAUCACAUUUUGGGGGAAAAAUAUGAAAGUUACUUUGAUAUGAACGUGUUUUUCUUGGCUAUUAUGAAAUAAAAUUUUCUUUACUAUAA